GUGUUAUCUUGUGCUCGUUACAAUCACACAUAAAACACAAAGGACACACAACUAUCUCUUCAAACCUUUAACUUCAUUGAAGUGUUUCUGUUGAGAAGUUUGAAGACUAUUAUGGCUCGGCCUGCUCCCUUGUACACAUCUCAGCAGAAAGCUACGAAUGUUUUUGAACAAACGCACCAUGUCUCUAGAGCGAAACGAGGCCAGAUUAUGGGCCAGAGGGGUGGAUUUCGUGGAUGUACAAUAUGGUUAACAGGUUUAUCAGGUGCUGGAAAAACUACGAUUUCUUUCGGAAUGGAAGAUUACCUUUGUUCGCAAGGGAUUCCAGCCUAUGCUCUCGAUGGCGACAAUGUUCGUCACGGUCUAAAUAAAAAUCUCGGUUUUACUUCCGAAGACAGAGAGGAAAACAUUCGUCGUGUGGCUGAGGUGGCGAAGUUGUUUGCUGACAGCGGUGUUGUGGUUAUAACCAGUUUUAUCAGUCCAUUUACAAAGGAUCGAGAACAGGCACGUGCUAUUCAUGAAAAAGCAAAGCUUCCCUUUUUUGAAUGUUUUGUCGACACUCCGAUCGAGGUGUGUGAAAAGAGAGAUGUAAAAGGACUGUACAAGAGGGCUCGAGCCGGCGAAAUUAAAGGUUUCACAGGUAUUGACUCUGCCUACGAACCUCCAGUGAAUCCCGAACUUGAUAUCAAAGCGGGCGAACUUACGAUCUACGAAUGUGUCCAACAGGUCAUUCAAUUUUUAAAAGAUGAGGGAAUCAUCCCCGAAUCCGCUGUAGACACGGCGAAGGAGCUGUUUGUUCCUAAAGAGAGAAUAGAAGAAGUCAGAGCUGAAGCUGAGUCCCUUCCAUGUGUGGAUAUUGAUGAGCUUCAUCUACAGUGGGUCCAGGUUUUGUCUGAGGGCUGGGCUACACCAUUACAGGGUUUCAUGAGAGAACGCCAGUUUCUUCAGUGCAUUCAUUUUAAUUGUCUUUUUGAUGAAGGGAUCAGUAACCAGUCUAUUCCUAUUGUUCUACCUAUAUCUUCUGAGGAGAAAGAAAAAGUAGCUGGAUGCUCUGCCUUCACCUUGAAAUAUAACAAUAAACACAUCGCCAUCCUUCGGAAUCCUGAAAUUUACGAACACAGAAAGGAGGAACGUUGUUGUAGGCAGUUUGGAACCAGCAAUAAAGGUCACCCUUAUGUAAAGAUGAUUAUGGAAAGUGGAGACUGGUUAGCAGGCGGAGAAUUGGAAGUUUUUGAAAGAAUCCGGUGGAAUGACGGAUUAGAUGAGUUUAGACUUACGCCUCUGGAACUCCGUGCAAAAUUCAAGAAUAUGGGAGCAGACGCAGUUUUUGCUUUUCAGUUACGUAACCCAAUUCACAACGGCCACGCGUUGUUGAUGCAGGACACGGAACAAAACCUUCUAAAACGAGGAUAUAAAAAGCCAGUUCUACUUCUGCACCCUUUAGGAGGGUGGACAAAGGAGGACGAUGUUCCCUUAUCUAUCAGAAUAAAGCAGCACAAAGCUGUAUUGGAUGAGGGAAUUCUCAAUGCAGACAGAUCAGUUUUGGCAAUUUUUCCUUCUCCCAUGAUGUACGCUGGGCCAACAGAGGUUCAAUGGCACGCUAAAGCCAGAAUGUCCACUGGAGCGAACUUUUACAUUGUUGGGCGAGAUCCUGCAGGGAUGCCCCACCCAGAUACCAAAGAAGAUCUGUAUGAACCAACCCAUGGAGGAAAGGUUUUGACUAUGGCUCCUGGCUUAACACAGCUGGAAAUUAUUCCUUUCCGGGUAGCAGCUUAUGAUAAAGAACAGAAAAAAAUGGACUUCUUUAGCCCUGAACGAACUCAAGACUAUAUUUUUAUUUCUGGAACCAAAAUGCGAAGACUAGCAAGAGACGGUCAAAGUCCUCCAGAUGGCUUUAUGGCACCUUCAGCCUGGAAGAUUCUAUCUGAAUACUAUCAGUCUGUGGUGCAGAAGGACUAAAUAAGUAAUUCGAAAGAUAUGGUUUCUAAAGGAGCCCAAGUAACUAAUAAUCUUCAAAAUCAAACGAUUCUUACACUCUAAUGUAACUGUUACCUUUUGUCACUGCCAAUAGACUAGCAGCCAGAAGAUAUGUUUGUACUUAUUAAUCCCAACUGUGUUAACUCAGUGUUUAGAACGAUAAAAUAACUAACAACGAAUAAAUCCGUGACAUACGUGUAUUUAUUAAUGGAAACUAGUGUUAAAUGAACUAUUAUAUUUAUAAAAUAACAUUAAUUAGGACUUCGAAUGCUUUCAUUGAAUGAUGAAAAUUAUUUUUGUAUAUGAUGUAAGACAUUAAAAAAACAAAGAAACAUAUUUGAUGACACGUAUAUUAAGUACAUAUUAUAUUUAUAAGUGAUGUUUUAUUGCGUUAUGAACAUGAGAACUGGUUUACUUUGACUAAUUUGAAGUAUAAUUUUUUUAAUAAUUCGGUCGAUUAAGAUGUACCGUACUUUUUUCUUUCAGAUAUAUGUGAUAAAGACCGACAAGAUAAAUGCAAUGAUAUACAAUUUCUAAAUAUAUUUCGUUGAAAUAUAUAAUGUUUUUAUCGCUUUGUAUUGGUGUUGCUUUAUGGUGGGUGUUAGUCAACAAAAUUAUUUUCAAGCUCUCCGUAGACCUUAGAAAACUUUAUAUAUCUUAAAGUUUGAAAUAUGAUAUGAACAGUGUUAACUCUGAAUAAUAUCUACCUCUACGCUUGUAAAAAUACAAUGGCAAAAAUGGUGUUAUUAGAAAAAAUAUUAUUUCAAGUAAAAAGUAAUACUGUUCAUGAAGUUUUAAACGUGUUUACGGAUAGAAAAUGUGAAUUUAUUGUAUUCGAAAAAGCUAAUCUAUCAUUGAUUUUUUAAUGUUUUAAAUGUACUUAGGUAGGAAUUUAUUUUCGAGUGAUAUUUAUAACCUAUAGAAAUUUGCUGUUACGCAAAAAUAUGAAUAAAUUUAUGUAUUCAUUAUUUUAAGGUGUUUCUGUAUAUUAUUAAGCUGCAAUAAUUUUAAAUCGUGGUUAAUAUGGCAAUGCUUCUUAUUGAAAUUUCAAUGGGUUAUUUUGUUGUGGAAAAAUAUUUUCAAUCUUUUAAUAAGUAUAAAAAGUUUAAGGAAUUUUGCAAUCAAAAAGUGUGGUAAAUUUAAAAAUUACCUAAAUAGGAAGAUGAAUGAUACUGUUAUGUAAUCAUUCUAAAAGGUAUA